AUGACGCUGAACAAUGUCACCCUGCGCCAGGGCUCCGUGGGCCUGCAAUCACAGCAGCAGCGCUGGAGCAUCCCGGCCGACCCCCGGCACCUGAUGGUCCAGCGGGAGCCGCACGCGCCCGGCCAGCGCAGCCGCCCCCCGGCCGCCCCCGACGAGCACUGCCGCCGGAGCUGGUCCUCCGACUCCACCGACUCGGUCAUCUCGUCCGAGUCCGGGAGCGCCUACUACCGGGUGGUGCUCAUAGGGGAGCAGGGCGUGGGCAAGUCCACGCUGGCCAACAUCUUCGCGGGCGGGCACGACAGCAUGGACAGCGACUGCGAGGUGCUGGGAGAAGAUACAUAUGAGCGGACACUGAUUGUUGAUGGCGAAAGUGCAACAAUUAUACUCCUGGACAUGUGGGAGAAUAAGGGGGAGAAUGAGUGGCUCCAGGAGCACUGCAUGCAAGUGGGUGACGCCUACCUGAUCGUCUAUUCCAUCACCGACCGGGCGAGCUUCGAGAAGGCAUCCGAGCUGCGGAUCCAGCUCCGCAGGGCGCGGCAGACGGAGGACAUCCCUAUCAUCCUGGUGGGCAAUAAGAGUGACCUGGUGCGGCGCCGGGAGGUGUCUGUGUCAGAAGGCAGGGCGUGCGCCGUGGUGUUCGACUGCAAGUUCAUCGAGACGUCGGCGGCCGUGCAGCACAACGUGAAGGAGCUUUUUGAUGGUAUCGUCAGGCAGGUGCGGCUGCGGCGGGACAGCAAGGAGAAGAACGAGAGGCGGCUGGCCUACCAGAAGAGGCGGGAGAGCAUCCCCAGGAAGGCCCGGCGCUUCUGGGGCAAGAUCGUGGCCAAGAACAACAAGAACAUGGCCUUCAAGCUCAAGUCCAAGUCCUGCCACGACCUCUCGGUGCUCUAGGCGUGUGGUCACCCUGCGUCCCCGGAGGGACA